AUGAAAGUAAAAAGUGAUAUGAUAUCAGACAAUACUUCAACAUCAACUACAACCACAACAACAAUAGCAAUAACAACAACUUCACAAAUUACAAUUGAAUCAAGUCAAUCAGAAUUAAAAAAGUUAACAAAAGAUAAACUUUUAAAGAUAUGCAAAAAGAAUAAAAUAGAAGCUUCAAAAUCAUUUAGAAAAGAUGAAUUGAUUCAAUCGAUACUUGACUUUCAUUGUCAAAACGAUGCUUUGAACACAACACCUAAAAGUAAUCAUAGUAUGAAUGAAUUUCAUCGUGGUUUUGUCGAGUAUUCUCUUCCUACUACAACGAUCAUAGAGAUAUUAAGAAUAUGUUGGAAAUUACGUUUACAAAGUACCGAUAUUAUGACUCGAUAUAGAGAAGCAUUACAAUUAACUUGUAUCAACAAACAGUUUCAUGCGAUCGUUGGUAGUUGGCUCACACGUAUCAAGAAUAUCGAUAAACAAUCAUUGGAGAGAGCUAUUACCAAUCCAAUGAAUCCAAUAACCAAUAUUGAUUCUAUUGUUUUCUUUGAUUGCGAACUCAUUCCAUUCACAAACAAACGAAUAUCACCACUACAAUCAAGAAUUUGUGAAUCCAUUCAGAAACUUGUAUCCUCUAAUCCGCAGAUGAAUAAAACACCCUUCAAUAAAACAUUCCAAAUCACAUUGAAAUUAUUCAAGAAUCUAAGAUCGAUCGAUCUCCAAUAUCAUCAUCUGAGUGGAGAUGACUUGCUUCAACUGGCAACCGUACCGACAUUGAUCAAUAUCAAAGCCAGCAAUAUUCCACUUUCUAGAGAGAAUCAAAUAUCUUUCUAUCGUGUAAUAGAUCAUCCAUUCAGAAAGAUCAUCUUUGAUAGUAUUCAUCCAUUUGAUCUCUACAGUUCGAUGCGUCCAGAAUUUCAUUGUUCUCUCAAAACAAUAGGUCGAGUCGCCAAUGAAUUUGACCAAGUUUGGUUUUCGCGCAACACUCCAAUCACCACUAGCAUUGCCAGUCUUCGAAAGAUACAAACUGAUUUUUUCUUUCGUCAACCGGAACUUCUCAUUAAGAUAUUCGAUGUGGAACACUUGGCAAUCACGCAUCUCACGUUAUCUUUGGUAAGCAGCUGGAUUCCUAUUAUCUUAAAGCUGCGAUGUCUUGAAACUCUAGAAGAUAUAAACAAACACAAAGCAUUCUGUCAAACCGCAACACCAGACGAAGAACAACCUCAAGUCUCAAAAAGAGGAUUCCAUAUCAGUGGUUAUAAGACAAUCAUUUGCUUACCAACACUAGAAAAGUUAAUUUUUUAUUUCAAUUCAAACAGCGAACAAUACAUGAUCUAUGAAAUCAAUCGAACAUUCACACCAUUCACAUUUUCACAUAAAACAUUAGUUGCCAACACAAAAACUGAUCCAAACUAUGAAAACCAUAGAUUUCAUUUUAAAAAGAAUAUAAAAAUAACAAUUAAUAACAAUUCUUAA